CAUGUCAUUUUCUGUCGAUCCGAGCCUAGCCGACCACCAGAAACCAACGGAAAGCGGUAGACUCACUGCCAUGCUUGGUGGGCUUUUCACCCGGAGCCGCGUUGCAACCGAGGUAAUUGACUGGCUGAAGGGGGAUUUAAAAUCCUAACAUUAGCCACGCAACACAGACUACGGAGCGGAGAAGGACAUAUCACAGUCAAGCUUAUUAAGUGGAUUAUAAAUAACAUUAUUGGCUUGUUCGUUGGUGGAAUUUUUGUUUGUACGUCUAUGUGGGUCCACUUUUAUGCGAAGACCAACGUACAAUGUGGAAUAUUCUAACGUAACGACGCUAGUUCUUUUCCUCUCCCCUCAGCCUGUUUUUCCCUCCCUGUAUAUUCGCUGCCGUUUUCACGUGCUGACUCGCAAGGGGUCCGCCUGGAAGAUGGCUGCUUAUUAAUUUUUAAUCUUUAUGCAUCCGUGCGAAGAGGGAGCCGAACGGGAGGAAAAUAGCGGACAAACGGCGGGAGGGGAAGCAGCGGAGGAGAGGGAGCAAGGGAGAGGGAGCGGGCGAGAAUGAAAUGACCUGGAGCCUGUGAACGCGGAGGACGCGAGGGGAUUCUACGGCAAGGUUUUUGAGUUAUCUGGCGCUGCAAGAGGAGGGUCUCCUCCUUGUGGACCCACUCACUGACUCCGCCCACACCCACCCAUCACCAUGACGCUGACGCUGUGGUUACUGUGGGUGUGUGUCGCCACCCUGGGCAACAUCAGUCCAUCAGAACAAGGUAUGAGUCGUGCAGCGAUGCCCUUCGGCCUGAUGCGGCGGGAGCUGGCAUGCGAGGGCUACCCCAUUGAGCUGCGCUGCCCAGGAAGUGAUGUCAUCAUGAUCGAGACGGCCAACUACGGCCGCACCGACGACAAGAUCUGCGACGCGGACCCCUUUCAGAUGGAGAAUGUGCAGUGUUACCUGCCCGACGCAUUCAAGAUCAUGUCACAAAGGUGUAACAACAGGACCCAGUGUGUUGUGGUGGCGGGGGCUGAUGUGUUCCCAGAUCCCUGCCCAGGCACCUACAAAUACCUGGAGAUCCAGUAUGAGUGUGUCCCUUACAAAGUGGAUCAAAAAGUAUUCGUCUGUCCCGGCACGUUGCUGCGGGUUCAGGACGCUAAAGAGGUGAAGGAGGCGGAGCAUCAGUCGGGGGCGUGGUGUAAAGACCCGUUGCAGGCGGGCGAUAGGCUGUAUGUCAUGCCCUGGACGCCCUAUAGGACGGACAUGCUGUACGAGUACGCCUCCUGGGACGACUACCGCCAGAGUAGCGUCACCACCACCUACAAGUUGCCUAGCCGUGUGGAUGGCACAGGCUUUGUGGUGUACGACGGCGCGGUGUUCUACAACAAGGAACGCACGCGCAACAUCGUCAAGUACGACCUGCGCACGCGCAUCAAGAGCGGCGAGGCCAUCGUGACGGGCGCAAACUACCACGACACCUCGCCGUACCGCUGGGGCGGCAAGUCCGACAUCGACCUGGCCGUGGACGAGAACGGCCUGUGGGUCAUCUACGCCACCGAGACCAACAACGGGAGGCUGGUCGUCAGCCAGCUGAACCCCUACACGCUGCGCUUCGAGGGCACGUGGCAGACUACGUUCGAGAAGCGUUGCGUCCGAUGCUUCGUGGCGUGCGGCAUCCUGUAUGCUGUGCGCUCCGUCUACCAGGACGACGACAGCGAGGCGGGAGGUGACCUCAUCCUUUACGCCUACGACACGCGGCGGAACCGUCCGGAAACCGUGCGCAUCCCCUUCCCCAACCCCUACCAGCAUAUCUCCUCGGUCAACUACAACCCCCGCGACAACCAGCUCUACGUGUGGAAACUACAAUGUGCUGCGCUACCCGCUCGAUGCCACGCCCCGCGCCCGGCCGCCACGCUCCACCCGGUGGGGGCCAUCAACCGGCGCCCCAUCACCGCCACCGUGCCCCUCCUCACCCAGCGGCCCCCGCUGCUCCGCCCGCAGGGCCCCCGCGCCCCCCAGUGUGACGGCAGGGUCACCAGGGGCGUGCAGUGGCCCCCCACACACAGGGGGGAGACCGUGGAGAGGCCGUGCCCUAAAGGGUCCCUGGGUAUUGCCUCCUACCAGUGUUUGCUGUCUCCGGUCAUAUGGAACCCCAGAGGCCCUGACCUCAGCAACUGCACCUCACCCUGGGUCAGCCAGGUAGCUCAGAAGAUUAAGAGUGGGGAGAACGCAGCACACAUCGCCGGCGUGCUGGUCAACCACACCCAGGGGCGGAUCUACGCCGGUGAUGUCACUUCCUCUGUGCGCCUGCUGGAGCAGAUGCUGGACAUCCUGGACGCGCAGCUGCAGGCCCUCCGCCCUGGAAACAAGGAGUCGGCCGCACGCAGCUACACCAAGCUGCAGAAGCGUGAAAGGACCUGCCGAGGGUUCAUCCAGGCGGUGGUGAAGACGGUCGAUAACCUCCUAGACGCUCUGGACUCCUGGCAGGACAUGAACAGCACUGAGCAGUCACACACUGCCACUAUGCUAUUGGACGUCGUUGAGAAAGGAGCCUUCCUAUUGGCCAAUAACCUCUACGAGGGGCGGUUCAGUGACCGGGCACCCAAUGUUGAUCUGGAGGUGUAUGUUCUGAACACUGAGGCGGAUGUGCAGGACCUCUCUUUCCCUCACUCCUAUGACAGCGACAGCACCAUCCACCUCUCCUCCAGCACCAUCAAGCAGUACAGCCGCAACGGUCAGGUGAAGGUGGUGUUUGCCAUGUUUAAGAACCUGGGGUCCUUCCUGACCACGGAGAACGCCUCGGUGAAGGCGGA